AUGGUGAGAGCCCUGUACAGAAUGACUAUGGCGCCAUCUUGUGGUAACCCUAAAGAAACACAACCUAAGUUCCCUGAACACACGCCUUCUCAGCUCAGCGGGCAGGACGCUGUUGGUGCAGAUUCAGUAAAAGACUUCAUCUUCUGUCAGCGGCGCGGCCAGGGCAGUGCCGGGGCUGCUGCUGGGGCCGGACCCGCCAUGUCAGACUCCCGCCUGCCUCCAGAUGGUCCCUGCGGAGGGGCUGAUUAUCGGGCCCAUCUGAGUAGGCAACCUGAGAGUGUUGAUGUUGGGUGGGCAGUGUGGUGCCACGCCAAGACUCAUGUCCCCAGGAGCCUGAAUCCGAUCCCUUCUACCUGCCCCCUGUCUCUGCUCCGGCUCCCUCCUGCCCUGCCCCACCACCGGCUAGACUUACUGCACCCCUCCCGCCGCAGCCGUGGGAUAGGCUUUCCUCCACCUGACAGGGCUUGGCCAGGAUCACUGGAAUACCUGGACAGGUAG